CACACUUUGACAUCAGUCACAAAAUGGCAUUUGUAGAAUAUUAUAAUUGAUAGUAAUAAUCUGAAUAUUCCAUUUAAUGUUAAUUAGUUGAUAUCAAUAUUUAAACUAAAAUCAGUGUCUUGUGUAAUUUACAAUUUUCACCUAUUGAAAGACUAAAUAUAUCAAAUAAUAAAAAAUGGGUAGGUCCAGAUCGCGUAGUCGUUCGCCAAGAAAAUAUCAUAAAAGUAAGCAUCAUAAAAGAAGUAAAUCAAGGGAAAAAAGCUCUAGUAAUUAUAAAAAUGAUCGAUUGGAGAAAGACAAAGUGAAAGAUAGGAGCCUUAAAUCACGUAAACGUUCAGAUUCCAUUUCAUCUACCUCCAGUAGUGACCUUUCAGAUGAAGUAACUAGAAUUGACAGAUACUCUAGCAAAAAGCACAAGUUACGAAAAAUGGAUGAAGUGGAAAGAUUAGCAGAAAUGGAACGACAACGAAGACAAAGAGAGGCAGAACAGAGAUUAAUUGAAGAAGAAACUGCUAAAAGAAUAGAAGAAUUAGUGAAAAAAAGAGUAGAAGAAGAAUUAGAUAAAAGGAAAGAUGAGAUUGAGAGAGAAGUAACCAAAAGAGUAGAAGAAGCAAAACGAAUAAUGGAAAAAGAAAUGAUGGAGGAUUUGGAGAAGAGACGAGAGAAAUUGAAAGAAGAAGAGAAACGACGGGAGGAAGAAGAAAGGAAAAAGCAAGAAAUGGUCGAGAAGAUUCUUGAAGAGAAUCAAAGAAAAAUCGAAGAAGCUCAGAAAAAAUUGGCCGAAGAAAGGUUAGCGAUGGUUGAAGAACAACGUAAAAUCGACGAAGAGAGACAGAGACUAAGGAAGGAACAAGAAAAAAGGACGAAAGAAGAACAGAAAAAAAUCUUGGGAAAGAAUAAUUCCAGACCGAAGUUGUCUUUUUCCUUAAAACCGGUUUUAUAGCCAGUGAUAUAGCUAAUACGAUGCCACAUUUUUGUGAAUUCUUCAGAACAAUUAUUUUAAAAGACUAAUGACACUCCAGGAUGAUCUGUAACCGUAUAAUCAUAUUGGCAGAGGCCAAGUUACAGGGGAAAGAAGAAUCUGGCAUCUAAUUAAGUUUGUAAGACCACGUAAUUCAAUAUGGCGUUUGUGGGAAAGCAGUUUCGAGUUGGUCAUUAAGAUUGUAGAUGUUUUUGUUCAUAUUUCGAGUUAAUAUGAAGUAUUUUUAAUUU